CACGCCAUCCUGCCUGCACCCGCCAAGCCUCAGACUGAUCAGCAGUUAUCCCCCUCCUCCUCUUCACCUCCACCUGUCUCUGCUCCCUCUCACCAGGAGAGACCUCAGGGUUAUGUUCCUUUAGUUGGGAUCAAACCGACGUCUUUACCUCCUCACCUGGAUGAGAUGAAGGUUGCAGAGCUAAAGUCAGAGUUGAAGCUGCGCAGUCUGCCCGUCUCAGGCACCAAAACAGACCUCAUCGAGCGCCUGAGGAGCUACCAGGAGGUGAAUGGAGGCAGGGACACUACCUCCUUUCUAGCAGCAGGGGGCGUCACAGGGCUGACAACUACAGGAGGAGGGAAAGCCUCCAGAACUGCUGCAACUACCACCACCACCACCAUCAACAACAACAACAAUGAGAUAUCACAGCAGCAGCAGGAGGAGGAGCGUCAGAGCCGUCAGAGCGCUCACUCAGAGAGCAGAGGCACCACAGCCUCAUCCUCCCCCACAGCCGUCUCACUGAGCUCCACGAGUCCUGGAGACAGAGGCUUUAAACGAGACCAAACGGAGGACGUGAUGGGUUCACCUCACACCCAGCUGAGCCUGCAGGCGUGUUCAGCUGCUCUGUUUCCAGCAAAUAUUAAAAAAGAGCAGACGUGCUCCACCUCAGCACCUUGUCGAUUCUCUUUAAAGCCAGCAGCCUGUCUGCAAAAACACGGCCCGGUCUCUUCGACCGGCUCCAGCACUGCAAACAAAGCUCUGACUGCGGACAAAGACAGGAUGCUGCAGGAGAAAGACAAGCAGAUAGAGGAGCUGACCAGGAUGCUGAGGCAGAUCCAGAGGGUGGUGGAGCUGCUGAGGACGCAGCUGGAGCGUAGGAGACGAGACGGGCAGGUACACGAGCCGCUUGUUCUUCUGAGAGUCAAACAAGAACCUCCUGAUAAACCCAGUGACCCUCUCUCACGACAAACACCCGUCACAUGUGGGCUGAGCGGUCCCAACGUCAAACAAGAAAGCACGGAGGCAGAGGAGACGACUGAGCAUACACCAGAUGCUCACGGAUUAACACAAGCUUCGACCCAAACUCGGCAAACGCACGAGCUAAUUCAUCUCAGGAUCCAGCCGGAGCAGACGAUCAGUCCGACCAAACAACACUCACAUCACCAACAAACCCGUCUGAACCUGCUCCAGCAACAGGCUGCACAGAGACAUCUACUACAGCAGCAGAAGCAGAUGCUCCAGAUGAUCCAGAAUCAGCAGAACCUGCAGGAAGAUCCUCAGGAGAGAAAGAGGAAGUCCCACAAACUGCAGCAGAGGCCUCCUCGCUCUGAUAUCUACCUGGAACCUCAGUGGAACCUCAACCAGACUGCAGGCCAUGCACCUUUAACUCAGGAACCACCAAAACGGGACUCAACUCAGACUGUCACAGACAACAACGGCAACCACUUCCUCAUUGCAUUGACCAAUCACAGGACUGAUGCACCUGAGAGCAACGCAACCAAUCACGCCCCACUGCAGGAGAAGUACGGAGGACUUCAGGUGUCACUGGACAAGCCUCAGCAGGAAGUGACAUCACCAACCUCCACUCCAGAGACCUCAGGGAGAAACGUCUCAUUCCCUCCCACCCAAACGGAUGAGACGUCCCUCAGUGAGGACGUCUUAUUCAGUCCCGUGACUCCAGCUUCCAUCGAGACAUCGCAUAACGAAGAUUCAGGACAGGAGGAGGAGCUUAUUGACAACGCUCUGCAGACAGAAGCUCAUCAGGACAGCCUGAAUCCGUCCCUCUCCAUCCCGCCCUGCUUUGACCCGCCUCAGCCUCCCCCCUCUGUGCAGCCCGGGCUUCAGACCCGCGCGGACACAACCGAUGAGAAGCAGCUCAUCUGCUUUGGACGCCUGGAGGACUUUCUGGAAAGCACCACGGGGAAGCCUCUCCUGGGGGUGGAGCCUGGCGGUGCAUUGACGUUAAUUGAUGACCUCCACAGCCAGAUGCUGUGCAGCUCCAGCAUCCUGGACCAUCCCCCGUCUCCGAGGGACGGCUUUGACAGAGCGGCCGAGGGGGAGCGAGGGCCGGAGGGUAUGGAUUGGUUGGAUCUGGAUGUGGGAGGAAUGAAGGGGGAGGAAAGUGUGACACUUGACCCACUGGGACCCCAAUCCCCUCCGAGUGUUUUUUCCACCGACUUCCUGGAUAGUGCCGACCUUCAGAUUCACUGGGACUCCUGCCUGUAGCAGCUGGAAAACACAAUACUACACAUGUGCAACAACAUGUCAUUGAUUUCUGACCUCAGUGUGUCAUCAGAGCUCUCUCUCUCUCUCUCUCUCUCUCUCUCUCUCUCUCUCUCUCUCU